AUGUUGAACACUCGCAAGAAGCUCGUGAAGGAGAAGGGCGCGACCCCCACGGAGCUGGACCAGGAAGUGGCCAAGGCCAUUUUUGACAUCGAGGUGUCUCCUUCGUGCGAUAUCAAGACUGAGCUGAAGGAUGUCUACAUCUCUGGUGCCAAGGAUGUUGAGGUGGGCAAGGCUGGCAUGGCCAUGGUGGUCCACUUCCCUUUCCGUGUUUGGAAGGUUGUGAAGAAGAUCCAGGGCCGUCUCAUCAGAGAGUUGGAGAAGAAGUUCAACCGCAAGCAUGUGGUGCUUGUGGCCAACAGGACCAUCUUGGACAAGAACUUUAGGCGCAAGGGCCUGAAGGUCCGACCACGCAGCCGCACCCUGACAGCGGUGCACGAGUCCAUUUUGGAAGAUUUGGUGGGACCUACUGAGAUUGUUGGCAAGCGCACACGCAUCUCCCUUGAUGGCAGCAAGCUGCUGAAGAUCAUUCUUGAUCCCAAGGACAAGGACAAGGAGAACAUUGAGAGCAAGCUGCCUGCAUUCGCCGCAGUCUACAAGAAGCUUACCAACAAGGAGGCCCAGUUCAUGUUCCCCACUGUUUGA